UUAGAGUAGUAUCUAUCAUUUGUGUAAUAUCGGUUAUUAACCUAAGAUUUUUUAGAUGUGUUAAUCGAAAAUAAAACAAAUAUUUUGAAUUAAUUUUAUUGUUAAGAAAUAGUUUUGAGCAUAACUCAUUCAUUUAUCGCCUCUGUCAAGUUUUUGAUUGAUGUUCUGUGACAAAACCAACGGAUAUAUAAUUCUUAACCUUUUUUUGUGUGUAAUAAUCACUAAUUGAAAAUAGUUGAAAAAAUACGACGUGCAGACACAUCUCCAAUAAAAUGGCAUCUUCAGAUUUUAUGGACCUUGUACAAGAAGCUGAAAAACUUACGGCAAACAUAGAAGGUACUUCAGAACUUCCAAAAGUAGAGCGGUCUUUGCGACAAGUUUUAGAAGCAUCAAAUGAGCUCUACUCUAAAGUUGCCCAAGCAGGUGCUAGGGACAUUCAAGCGAACAUUUUGUUAGGCUCAAAAGGAGUUGAUCUCCCUCGUAUAGCCCAAAAAUUGGAAAAUAUUAGUGCAAAACGUACAUUCGAACCUAUUGCAGCAACUGAUGAUAGUGACUUGCAGACUUGCUUAGAAAAUGAAAUUAGAAGUUGCAUUCUAAGUGUAAUUGAUGCAGAACAUAAAGCUUGUCUAGAAACUGUGAGUCAACAUUCUUGGGAGCAUGAAUUAGGAGAAUGGAAAGAAGAAAAAAGAAAGAUUUUAAAUGCUAUGUUAGGUCCUUCAGAGAACUUUAUAGACAUUGGGAAACAUACUAGUGUUUUUAUGGAACCUCCAGCUUUAGGAGCUACAGCUUUAGGCUAUUAUGAGUCAGUAUAUGCAUCCAAAAUCAUUGAAUACAAUAGAGCGAUUAUUAGAGGAACAUUUCGACCUCAUCUUGUAGAAUCAUUGAUUAAUGCUGCAUCAGAAUUUAAAGAAACAAAAGUUAAUGACAUGUGGGAAAUGAUAAAAUAUAUGAUUCAAGUUCCACCUUUCCCAUCUACUGAGGAUCCAUUAAAAACAAGAAACAGUCCAAGAAUCAUUAAAGCUCUUGUUAAACAAGCCUGCCAUUACCUCGAAGAUAGAUAUAAAAUAUUCAUGGAGAGUGUCUUAAAUGAAAACUUGAAACAGGCACAACGAGGAGGAAUCCCUGGAACCUAUUCUUUAGUUAGAAGUUUUGUUGGAAUUCGUUUAAAGGGAGAAUAUUUGGGGUUACAAGAUGGAAUGAUUGAUGAUCGACCUCUCUGGCCAAUGGUGUAUUACUGCCUUCGUAGUGGAGACCUAAGUGCUACAUUGUACUGCCUUAAAAAAUCAGAUUUACAUUGCCCCGAAUUGAUAGAGUUAUUAGAACUUUUAUUUACUAGUCCUGAGAAUUCACAAAUAGCAAAACUCGAAUCAAACAUUAAAUUCCACUACAGACGUUUCGUUCGUAAUUCAACAGACCCCUUCAAACGAAUUGUCUGGGCCGUAUUGGGAUGUUGUGACGUCGUUGACGAACAUACUGAAGUUGCUAAGACCGCUGAUGAUUAUCUUUGGCUGAAAUUAAGCCUGGUCAGAACUGAUUAUGAUAAAGAAGAUCACAUCAAAUAUUUUGAUUUACAGACUACUGUCUUAGAAGAAUAUGGAGAAAGUCAUUAUGAUGCCAUGAACCAACCACACCUUUAUUUUGAAGUUUUGGUACUGACUGGUCAAUUUGAGGCAGCCCUGGAGUUUCUUGCUCGUAUUGAAAAGUUCAGGGUUCAUGGAGUUCAUAUUGCCAUCGUUUUAAGUGAGUUACAUAUGCUAGCAGCCCCGAGAGAUCCUGCUGCUCCUCUCAUCUCUAUUGAUCCAAUGGAUAUAAAACCUGGCCGACGUUUGAACAUGGCAAGACUUAUAAUGUUAUACGUUCAGAGAUUUGAGCUAAGUUGUGUGGCAGAAGCAGUACACUAUUUCUUCUUCCUGCGAAACUUACGAAGCAAAGACAAUGUAAACUUGUUCCUAUUAAGUGUAAGCGACUUGGCACAAGAAACCAAGGAUUAUGAAGGUUUGUUUGGAAAAAUGCAGCCUAAUAAUGUACGAAGUAAGGGAAUGAUAGACGAAUUCAAAACUGCCGGAAUUAGUACUGAAAGUCUUGUAGAAGUUGUUGCGGAACAGUGUGUCAAAAAAGGCGUUUUCGAAGAAGCUGUGGACCUAUUUGAUCUCGCCGGGAAUCAAGAGCGAGUCCUUAAUCUCCUAUGUAUUUUGUUGGCUCAAGUGGUACAUCUUCCUAGUAAAGAUGGAUCUUUAAGGGAAAGAUUAGAGGCAAAAGCUCACAACAUUGCUGAAAGAUAUUCCAGAAGCGGUUUUAACUGCUCUUCCCAAGUUGCAUCCACCUUUUUAGUUCUAAAAGAUCUAUUAACUUUCUUUGACCAGUAUCAUGCCAAACAGUAUGUAGCUGCAUUGAAGACAUUAGCUGAUUUAGAAUUAAUACCUUUAAAUAGCAAUGAAUUGGAUUUACGAGUUUCUGGAUUUAAAAAAUUAUCCAACGAAAUUUCCAAAGUGAUUCCUGACGUUCUUUUAGCAACAAUGAAUAUUUUAUUUGCACAGUAUCAGAAGAUUAAAGGCAAUGAGUAUAUGCCUUCCAAGUUUCAAGGAAUUUCUGUUGAUAAGCAACUACAAUACAUUCGAGAUCAAGCCAGGGUGAUAACUAAUUUCACAGGAAUGUUACCAUAUAGGAUGCCAGGAGACACAAACAGCAGGUUGGUUCAAAUGGAAAUUUUAAUGCAUUAAUUUUCGCUAAAAUUUUAUAACUAUGGAAAUUCAGCUUUCCUGUCUUCUCUGUAAUAAAUUAUUUUGGAAUUUUCACUGAA